AUGUCUACUCCAGUUCAAUCUUCAUUGGCCGACCUCAAGGCAUCCACGCUCAACUUGCAGUUCACCAAUCUGUUGGCUGACAUCAUCCGGGUGCAUGAGAAAGGGGAUUACAUCCCUGACAUUGUGGCUUCCUGUUCUAAGGAGCUGAUGAGGGUGCGUUCCAUGACUCCCCAGGUGUUGCCCAACUGGCACAGCAUUGGCCAUGAUGAUCCCCGGGUGGCUAGACACGCCUGGCGCAAGCAGGUCCGUGCCUGGGAGGCGUUGGGUGACAAUUCCUGUGAUCUCCCUGUUGUUUCUAAUCCUUCCACUGGCCCACUGACUGUCAAUCUUCCGUCUCCACCUGUCCCUUCCCCCGCCACUGUCAUUCACUCCCCUCCCGUCGUCGCCGGCAAUGUCGCCGGACCUUCCGGCAAGACGACCUCCGAGUUCCGGACAAAGGGAAAGCCGGAAGUCGGAGGGAGCAACAAGAGGAAGUCCCCCAUGAUUUCUGGACACUCCUCCCAACCUCCGAAGUCGGCGAUGAAGGGUCACAAGCGUGUCAAGUCAACUGGACUCCCCAAGUCAAAGCCGUUUGUGGAGUCGGAAGAUGAUGAAGACCCAAUUGUUCAGCCGAUUUCACGUGGAGUGCCGGAGGUCGUCCUUUCCCAGCUCUCCACCAUUGUUGUAAGGAAACCCCAGUCGCCUCGUUCACCUGGUUCCCCCAAGAAGCAAUCAUUUGGGCCUGCUUCGCUGACUGCCGGCAAACGUCCGGAGGUCAUGGAAUCUCCCAUCAGUCGUCCGGAGGCUCGGGCAACCUCCGGCAGUCGUCCGGAAGUUGAGGAGUCCACUGGUGAUACUUCCAGCGCUUCGGACGGUGACCCUCCGGCCACUACCACAUUUGAUAUCACCAUUUCCCGGCCCAAACAACCCUGCCAUUAUUGCGUCAAGGAGAAUUGGCCCUGUGCGACUCGUUUGGACAAGAGGUCCAGCCUCCCCUGCCUGUCUUGCAUCCGCUGCUCCACCAAGAAGAUCAAAUGCAACCCGGCAUCUCUGGGAUCCCCGCCCAAACGGACCCGAGGGAAGUCUACCACGGGACGGACGCGUUCCAAGACACCUGCCCCUGCUCCAUCCACUGCUCCGUCUCCCUCCAGGUCAAGGGCCCGGACUCGUAGUCAAUCUCGUGGCCCGUCCCGAACUCCGGCCAUCCCUGCUGCAAGUACACCCCAGACACCUGCACCUGCACCUGCACCUGCACCUGCACCUGCACCUGCGCCAGCUCCUGUUCGGUCUUCGAGUUCCGCAGUGCCUCGUGCAGCACUAGAUGUUCCCAUGCCGGAUCUCCAUUCCAUGGCAAUCGCGAUUCGGGAUGGUGCAGCUAGCAUCGCUAUUCUUGAGGCUCGGGUGCAGGAGCAGGAUGCUAAGAUUGAUACCCUCCAACGCCUCCAUGAGAGCCUCCGGCGCACGAUGGUCGACCCGCACCCUUCAUUUUCACUUCCGGACACACCGGCCGAUGCAACAAUCUUGCUUGAUCAAUCUGGUCCCCCCCCGUCCAUUUCACCCCUCCCCUCCACACUUUCCAACCUCAUUGAUUUGGACAUGU